ACAUCAUCACACGUAAAUAAGCGGCCUUGUAGUUAUAAGAUCCGCGCUAGUACAUGUCUUGUAAUAGUGAACAUAAGUAGUGCUUUUGUGAGAAUGUAUUUACUACUGUGUGCCCUGCUGGUGGCACCCGCCCUGGCUGAGCCGCAGUACAUAAAGAACGGUGUGAAGGGAGGCUACGGGGGUUCCUACGUCUACAACCCAGGGGCGAAGCUACCUGAUUUCUAUGGGAAUUCAAGUCACAAUCAGUAUGGGAGUUCGGGUUAUGGGAGCUCAGGGUAUGGGAGUUCGGGCUAUGACAUGCGCAACUACACCAGCGGCGCAUACAACCAGACCACCAUCAACUACGAAGUCGGCGUCUGCUAUAUAGAAGUUCCAACAGCAUCUUUGGCUAAAAAUCCUGCCCAUGUCCCUGCUGGCAACGGCUCAAGGCCAGACCUGAGCCGCGUGCGGUCCUGCUGCAAGGGCUACAUAAGGAACAUCCACAACUACCAGAUCUGCGACCCGGUCUGCACGGAGGAGUGUGUGAACGCUCUAUGCACGGCUCCGGAGACCUGCACCUGCUUCCCCGACCACGUGAAGAAUCUCGGUGGCUUCUGUAUUCCCACCUGCCCCAUCGGCUGCCAGAAUGGAUACUGCAGCGGGGGCGAGUGCCUCUGCAAGGAUGGAUACAAGUAUGACGUGAACGGAAAGUUCUGCGUACCGAACUGUAGGGAAAACUGCGGUGGAUAUGGGAACUGCACAGCACCCAAUGUCUGCUCAUGCAAAGAGGGCUACCGGCCAACUCCAGAAGGUGGUUGCAGGCCAGCUUCACAAGGACAAAAUCCUAAUAUUAUAUCUCCACCUUAUAACCCCUCGCACCAUCAGAACCCAUUGGGCCCAGGCAGUCAGAUAGUUACUCCUAACCCUAUGCACAAUUAUCCUAGCUCUCCAAAAUAUCCAGGACAGUACAGCCCGGGUAAUCCCGGACAGCCUGGGUAUAGAAAUCCAGGCCAGCACGAUUCAAAUAGCCCGGGACAACGAUACCCAGGCUACCCUUACCCCGACCAAUCUAACACUAAUUCUUUGUAUCCAAAUUUGCCUUCCUCGCCAUAUAACAAUAGUUAUCCGCUCAGUAAUAGCACUUAUCCACAGGGCACCACUAACUCAUCUAAUCCGUACUCAAACCGUCCUAAUUACCCAGGACAAAACCCGACCCAACCCGGCCAACCUGGAUCUAAUUAUCCUUACUAUCCCAGCCAGCCUGGUUCAAACAAUCCUUACCCGGGACAAUCAAACUAUCCGGCGUAUCCCAGCCAACCUGGUCAAGUAAACAGCUCAUACCCUGGUCAACCAUGGUCCAACAAUCCAGCAUAUCCAGGAUCGCAGGGAUCGACGUAUAAUCGUGGCCAGGAAACUUAUUCCGGUCAGCAGGAAGCCAACCAAUCAGGGUAUCACAAACAAUCUGGAUAUCAAGGCCAAUCUGAGUACCAAGGACAAUACGACUACGAUCGUUCGGGCUACCAGGGGCAGGCUAGUCAAGGGCAGACCAAUCAAGGGCAGCAUGGGUACUACAGCCAGUCUGGACAUCACGAGCAAUCUGGAUACAACGGCAGUCUAUUCGGGUAUCAAGAGCAAUCGGGAAAUCAUUCCCAAUCCAGUUACAACCUCCACAAGGAGGCAGAGCGCGGAGACGUCGAACCGUACCUCCCUGGUAGUCAAAUGUACGGAGAAACGCAACAAACUGCCCAAUUAGGCGACAUCUACCAGUGCUCGGAGGAGUGCAUCAAUGGUGUUUGCAUCAACGGCAACAAAUGUCAGUGCAAUCCAGGCUAUGUACUGGAUAGAAGCGAUCCUACGGAAAGAAAGUGUGUCCCAUACUGUGCUGGUGGUUGCACUAACGGGGUAUGUUCAGCGCCCAACUUCUGCAUCUGCAACGUCGGCUACUACAAAGACCGCAGCGUCAAAGGCCGGUCCUCAGCUUGUGUUAAGAGAAUAAGACGCUCCGUCGACUCUAAAUCUCUAGCAGAUUUGCUUAUUUUCGAAAUACCUGAUGAUGAAUAGAUUAUAGGAUAUCGUUAAACAUAUUAAAUUACUCUUUUUAUUUGUAA